CGUACAGCAGCAGUCUGUUCAUUGCGGUGUCGGUUUCCUCAUGAAACCUCUUCUUUUCUAUAACCCCAUGUUUUCCUUUCCAUAAUCCCACCAAAAGCCCAAUUAAGAAGGUGACGGACUGAGGACGUAGAGAGUAUUUUGGUGGGGAUGCGAUUAGAAUAAUGACCUGAGAAACUGGAGGUAUUUGCUUUGUAGCAAGCUAGUGGAGACGACGCUCUAGGCUCAUUGCUUCACGCUAGAAACAUAGAUGGAGAAAGCACCAGGGCUGGGCCCACAAGCCCCCGUCCCGUCCACGACCUUUGUCCAUACCGACGCCACCACCUUCAAAGAACUGGUCCAGCGCCUGACCGGCCCGCACGACGAAACGAGUCGCCUGCCCACCCCGGUCCGACCCACCGACCCCAACUCCGGGCCGGCCCAAUUCCCCAAGGGCCUCCCCGGCGUCAAGCGGCCCACCUUUAAACUCCACGAGCGACGCCGGUCCAAGCUCACCAUCACCAAACCCGGUUCGCACCCCCAACUCACCGAUCUCUGCCUCCCAGCCGGACCGGCACUCGCAUCUCCUUCCUCGUUGACGUCCGGCUUCCCUCUGAGCCCAUUGAUCUCUCCGUCGUCGAGUUUCGCUAAUCUUUUUGUCGGCGAGGAGGGAACCGGGUCGAUCGAGUUGAACCAGGAGGCGGAGGAGAGAGCAAUCAGGGAGCGGCGGUUCUAUUUGCAUCCCUCGCCUCGGUCCAGACCGGGCAAUGCUGAACCGGAGUUGCUGCCUUUAUUUCCAAUAACUUCUCCCAAGCCACGUGGACCUUGAGGAGAUGGAUUUUGAGAGACUAGAAUCAAUCUUAUGAUUCUUUGUGUCAAUUCUCGCAUUCUUCUUGUUGAUGAAGAAUAAUUAAAUUGUACAAUUGAAUAUAGAAGAACUUAGACAAGUUAAUUACAUUAUGGUGAAAUUUCUUGUACAUAUAGAGGUUGUCUCUCCAUUCAACAAAAUAAAGGUAAUGGAUGAUGUAAAAUGAAUACAAAGAUAGCAUGUUU